AAGAAACGACGUUGUCCGUCGUUAGCUCAGAGACGUGCUGCAAAUAUUCGCGAACGCAAACGUAUGUUGAAUCUAAACGAAGCGUUUGACGUAUUGAGACGCCGUGUUCCUACAUUUAAAUAUGAACGACGUUUGUCGCGAAUAGAAACGUUGCGACUUGCCAUGGGAUACAUUUCGUUUAUGACACAGAUACUA